GCAGGCGCGGGGCCCGGGCGCGGGAGAGCAGAGCGGGCCGUGCACCGUGGACGGCCCGAGCCCCGGGAACCGGAGAGCAGAGCGGGCAGUGUACGGUGGGCCGCCCGAGCCCCGGGAGCAGGAGAGCAGAGCGGGCAGUGUACGGUGGGCCGCCCGAGCCCCGGGAGCGGGAGAGCAGAGCGGGCAGUGUACGGUGGACCACCCGAGCCCCGGGAACCGGAGAGCAGAGCGGGCAGUGUACGGUGGACCACCCGAGCCCCGGGAGCGGGAGAGCAGAGCUGUCUGUGCACCGUGGACCUGCGCCCUGCAGGGCUGCAGAAGAUGUCAAUGUUACUUUUGAAGAUCAGCAGAAGAUAAACAAAUUUGCCCGGAAUACGAGUAGAAUCACAGAGCUAAAGGAAGAAAUAGAAGUAAAAAAGAAACAACUCCAAAAUUUAGAAGAUGCCUGUGAUGACAUCAUGCUUGCAGAUGAUGACUGCUUAAUGAUACCUUAUCAAAUUGGGGAUGUUUUCAUUAGCCAUUCUCAAGAGGAAACACAGGAAAUGUUAGAGGAAGCAAAGAAAAAUUUGCAAGAAGAAAUUGACGCCUUAGAAUCCAGAGUGGAAUCAAUUCAGCGGGUGUUAGCAGAUUUGAAAGUUCAGUUAUAUGCAAAAUUUGGCAGCAACAUAAACCUUGAAGCUGAUGAAAGUUAAACAUUUUAUAAUACUUUUUUUUAUUUGUUUAAUAAACUUGAAUAUUGUUUAAAAUGAUAAUUUCCCUUCUUCAAAUGACAUGGAAAGGAAAACUUUCUCUUAAAAUUUUUCAUUUAUUUAAUGGAAACUUGCCUACGUUCACAUGUCUUGCUUAUUUAUUUUAUAUUUUUGAAAAAUACAGUAUUCAUCUAUGUAUUUUGCAUAACUGUUAUAUCAAGUUUAGGGGCUUUACGUCAUGUUAUUAAAAUCAGUUAAGCAAUCGUC